CGGUUUGCCCCGGGGAGAAGGAGGCGGUGGGAGCGAGCGGCUCUCCCCCCCCCCCGGCGGGGGUGGUGCGGCCCGUUCCGAGGAGGGCGCUGCGCCUCCCCGCUCAGUGACACACAGACCCGGCGCGGGGAGGCGGUGGCUGGUCGGGGGAGCGGGGCGGGCUGGGAUCGUAGCGGCGGCUGGGAGCCGAGUCCGGAGCAUGGCGCGGACCGCGGCGGCCGCUCCUCCCACCCGCGGGGAACUUUCCGCUGCCGCCGCGGAUGCUGCCUCGUCCCCUCCACGGCGGCCCCCGGCGCUGCCCGGCCCGGGGCUGCUGGGGCUGGGGCUGCUCCUCUGCUGCGGUGCCUUGGCUGGACCAGUGGUUGAUCCACAUGUAACAGCAGUUUGGGGGAAGAAUGUCACACUGAAAUGCAUAAUUGAAAUAAAUGAAACAAUAACACAAAUCUCAUGGGAGAAGAUACAUGGUAAAAGUACACAGACCAUUGCUGUUCAUCAUCCUGAAUAUGGGUUUUCUGUUCAAGGAGAAUACCAAGGAAGAGUGUCAUUUAAGAACUACUCACUUACUGAUGCAACUAUCAUCCUAAACAAUAUAAGCUUCUCUGAUUCAGGAGAAUAUGUAUGCAAAGCAGUUACAUUCCCACUAGGAAAUGCUCAGUCAUCAACAACUGUAACUGUAUUGGGGGUUAUAGAAGCUGUUCGAGUCCAGCAGAGGGAAGGAAUUCUGGUCCAAAAAAGCCUCUGGAUGCAGAAAUUCAGGAUGGUGACACUCGCAGUUGAACCCAUUGUGAGCCUAACAAAGGGACCAAACUCUUUAAUAGAUGGUGAAAAUCAGACAAUAGCAGCCAUUUGUACAGCAGCCACUGGAAAACCUGCUGCAGAUGUUGAUUGGGAAGGUGGUCUUGGGGAAAUGGAAUCCCGUUCUACUUUAUUUCCAAAUGAAACUGUGACAGUUGUCAGUCAGUACAAACUCAUACCCACCAAAUUUGCCAGAGGAAGACGCAUAACUUGCGUUGUGAGGCAUCCAGCUUUGGAGAAGGAGAUGAGAUAUCCUUACACAUUGGACAUACUAUAUGCCCCUGAAGUUUCAGUAACUGGAUAUGAUGGAAACUGGUUCAUUGGAAGAGAGCAUGUUCAGCUCCGGUGUAAUGCUGAUGCAAAUCCACUGCCCAUGGAAUUUACAUGGACCAGGACAGCGUUAUAUCGGGGUGGAGGUAUAGAUGUCCCAAAAAGGUUGGAUGGGCAAUGGCCUGAAGGUUUAAUAUCUUCAAAUAAUACUCUGCAUUUCAACAGUCCAUUGACUUACAAUUAUACUGGGACUUAUGUCUGUAAGGUGACCAAUUCCCUUGGACAAAGAAGUGAUCAAAAGACGAUCUACAUAUUGGAUAUGCCAUUUAAACAGACAUCUUCUGUAGCUGUAGCGGGGGCUGUAAUUGGAGCAGUUCUUGCUCUCUUUAUCAUUACCAUCUUUGUGACAGUGCUAUUGACUCCAAAGAAAAAAAGGCCAUCGUACCUUGACAAAGUGAUUGAUCUUCCACCCACACACAAACCACCACCUUCAUAUGAGGAAAGAUCACUCUCUGUAUCUCAGAAAGAAGUCAUUCAGCGAGAACGCUUCCCUUUGCAAAGCCAAUACAAGGAGAAAGAAGCUGGAAAUUUGCAGAACAUAGUAAAAGCAGUAAAUGGCAGGCAACUUAAUUAUGAAGAUGAAAAUCCAUUGAGCCAAGAAAACCUUCAGCAGAUGUACCCCGUUCACAAGCAGAUAUGUUACAAAGAUUGGAGCAGCAAGUACCAUCAAAACCCAGGAACUGGAAGAAUCUACAUUAAUCCUAGAGAACACUAUGUGUGAUCGCUUCCCCUGCUGUGAAUUUUUAUACAGAAUAAAUUGGUGUUAGAUAAGCUUGCAGACUUUUCAAAAUUUUAAGUUAACACUUGUUGAUUAUAGGACAAGUACGUAUCCUGUUGUGUUUUAACAGUUUCUAAAGAAGUAGGUACAGAGACAAUUAAUACUCUUUAUUGUAUGUGGUGAGAGCUGGUGAGAAAUAGGUAGGCAGAAAAGAUACACAUUUCUGGAACAACUGUUGCAUUUGUGACUUUGAUUGCGGAUUUACUUUUUCAGUAGCAUAGUGCUUAUCUCUAUUGUACUAUUAAAAUUCCAGUGUGUGGUGAUAGCUGAAGGGAUCCUCCAGAAGAAGAGACUCAGCUGCCUGUCUUAACCUCACCAGGUUUAAGAAAUGCCAGCCCAUUCAUCUGUCAUUCAAAUGUGCGUAUAAUGAAUUUAGAAUCUAUUUCCCUAAUUCUUUCUUAGGGAUUUCUCUCGCUCUCUUCCUUCCCGCCCACCGCCGAAGUGGAUAUGUUUAAUAAAAUUGCAAUUUUAUGUACAAAAAAAUGAGGUAUGAGCUGGAAGGAAAAUGUACAUCCUUUGUGUAAAGUGAGAAAUUUGUGUCUGUCUGUGGGGUUUUGUUUAAUCUUUUAAGACACUUUAGAAGCAUAUCCACUGGUAAAUUAAUUUGACUGAGAUACUGACCGUACUUGAUCACAGCUUCUAAUUCCCUUCCCCAUUCCAAUAAACAGUCAGGUGCUGGUCUGUUACUGUGCUUUCAGGACCAAUACUGCCUGCCUACCCACACCAUAACUGUUGGUUCAAUUCUUUUCUGCCACAAGUCUCAGGUCCCAUGUUUGUUUGUUUUUUUUCACUUAGCUGCCAGUUCACACCUCCCCAGACUCAGUCUACCGAACCAAACUGCUAGCUGCUAGAAUCAGAUCAUAACCUGUUUCUUAUCUGGUUUAAAACAUUCCCACAAGCCCCACAUGUGCACCCCCAUCUUGCCCACUCAGAUACCUCCAGCCACCAAGACCUAAUUCUCAGUGGUCUAGCAAUAAAGUAAACAGGAGCUGUGGGUGCUAGGUACAGAAGAAAAGCAAGCUACCUGUUUGGUAGGGCAAUGUCUACUCCAUAGUUGGCUGACAAAAUAAAUUCCUUCUUGUGACAAUACGUAGAGCUUUUCCAAAGGUAGCAAUGGGGGGCCAGGAGAAGAGCUUCACUUAGCUGUGAGCAAGUUUAACGCGGUCUUCUAACCCUGAUCAGAGCAGAUGGAAGCAAUAGUGUUGUGAAAUAGCUAGUGAAUGUGAAUGACUUGCCGAAACUAGUACACCAGACCCUCGCUAGAACGCGCAUCUGUAUAGCGCGAAUUCACAUAUAACGUGGUCACAGCCAUGGAUGCCAAAUUUAAUUACUUUAAUUGCAAUUCAUUUUAACGCAGUCCCUGCGUGAACGCGGGACUGCGCAUGGAUCCAAAAUCCCGCGGUCUAGCGAGGGUCUGGUGUAAUAACACAGGUGAAACUGCGCUGGUGUUGGUAACAGUGGAAAACUGUAUGCAAAUACAAUUUGUGUUGAAAAGGCGUGGUGUUCUUGAUGAGUACAAAUAAGUUUCCUGUCUGUUAAAGAACCUGCACAGAUAGGCCUGUGUGGUCAAUUUGAGAAUUUUUUUUAUUAGUCUAAUUUAACAGGGCAAAAAAUGGGACACUUGAGUACAGAUGAUUUUAAAGACUUUAACUUGGAUACUAGGGUAUAAAGGAGAGUGAGUAUUCUGGAAUACAAAGGAAGUGUCUCAAUAGACACUAGACAAUUUAUUCCAUCGCUGACUUACUAGGACAUUUGAAAAGAGUAAAUGAAAAUCCCCCUGAGCAUUUACCCACUUAAGCUAAUUUUCAUUCAAAGUGUGCAUGCUCGUCUCAGACAAUGGCUUUAGUGCUGGUUUUGUAGACAGUCAAAGAUACUGGAGUAUUUUUUAGCUGCUGUAUUAGCAAAUCAUAAGUAUGGCACAGAAUCAUAGGCAUGUAUUGUGUCUGUCUUUAAAAUUGUGACUAGUGAAUCAUCUAAAACAUGAGUUUUAUAAGUAACUGACUAAUUAGUGCUUAAAUUAAUGGUAUGGUAAUUUAUUUUACUGUACUAUCUCCAGCCUUUCAUAACAUGAAUUUUUAAAUAGUGAAAGUUACAUAUUGAGUGGUAGUCAAAGCAUGGUUCCCACUGUAAGGGUUUCUUCAUGCUUUGAUCCACCAGUUUGAAAAAGGAGUUGCUGUCUUUAUCACUCCUAGUUUUCUUAGUUUUUUCUAAACAUAAAUUUGUCAGGUUUCCCAGCUCAACUACCACCGCCUUAAUAUGCUUUUUCUAUUGGUACCAUUGAAACAACUUGCUUAGCAACACAGCAGUAUGUACCGGGCUUAAAUUCUGAGAUGAUUUCCCAGCACCGUCUGCCCCCCGCACCAGCACCACCACCACCACCACCACACACACAACACCCAUUCGGGGCUUCAGCUGCAGGGCACUGCGUCUUGGGGCUUUAGCCCUGAGGAGAGAUGGGGGCACCAGGGCUCAUCUCUGGUGGUCUCUGGCUGCAUUUAAGCCUGGAGAAUGUAGCUACUGGGAACUGGUAGACUGAAAUUUCAUUGUCAAUGCAGCAGAAUGAAAGCUGAGAUUGAUCACAAUGAAAUGCAGCAUGAAAAGUCUGAUUAGAGUGAAAAUUCUCUCCAAAAAAUGAAGGUUUCCAGUGUGUUUGCCCAUAACCCAUUAACUUUUCAUCUUUUGUUCUAAUAAAAUUUGAUUCCAUGACACAAUCUCAUACAAAGGCCAUUAACAAUUAACUGUGGUGGCAGAAGAAGGCGGCAAGAUUGGUUCCAAGUACUGAAGGAGGAUUUUCAUUUUGCAGCUCUUGUGUAUUGCCUGUCAGAGAUGGAAGUAGGGAGACUGGCUGGCUUCCAGCAUUGUUGUAAGGGGCCUGAAGUACAGGCAUUUUGUGUUGAACACCACUUUAUAAUAUGUCCAUGUAUACUAUGUGCGACGCACAGUGGCAAUUGGAAAAAUAGGGAAGAGGAACAGUGGGAAAACCUGAGAAAGCAGCAGUUCUGCCACCAUUGCAUAGAUGCGGAGUACAUGUGAGGGUGAAAAACAGAAGUGGGGAGAAGUCACAGAGCAGCUUUCAGUUGACAAAAUACCCACUCUCGCUUGUUUCUCUGCAAUGACCCCAGUCCUUUCGCUCUGCCUUGCACGAUGGCAGAUCAAGCAGCUUGGCUUGUUGCUUCAUUUCUCACUGAUUAAAACUUCUCAGUUCACAAGGGCCCAGGAGACAGCAGAACAAGGAAGAAAUGAGCAAGCAUGGAUUUGAUGGGCAGAGAAUGUCUUAACCGCUCUUAGUUCUAGGAACAUAAAAGGAUGUUUGUGACUUUUCAUCUGUUUCCCCUUCAGCUAUCUUUUAAGGGUCAGAAUAGAAAUAAUUUGCAUUUACUAAGCACUCUUGAGCUAUAGAUCUCAAAGCUAGUGGGUGGGGAAAAUAAGUGGCUGGGUACUUACUGAUGACUUCAUCCUGAUGCGACAGGAAAUGCACUUUGACGGAGACUAGGUAUUGAAAAGGUCUAUAUAGAAAAAAAUCACCGCAGCAAUGUUUAAUCAUUUAGAAGUUGGGAUAACUUCUAUGAGAGAACUUAAACAUUCAAAUCAGUGGUUGGAGAAGCUGGAGGAAAAUAAUGAAAUAAACCAAGAUGCAGAAAAUGUACUGCAGCACUUACUCAUCCAUUGUUAAAAUAGUGCUGCGAUGGCAAAUGCUGCCCAACAACUCAAUAGAGCAGAUUCAAACUGAAUUGUAGCCACUGAUGUCUGUGCCUCCUUAACUCCUGCUAACAAAUUCUGAUACAAAGUAUCGUUACUUGGAUACGCGGGCUGCUAGGAAAAGUGUCCCCCUCUUUGUCUUGUCCUUAAGACCAUUAUCAUUAUACACGUGAAUGGAAGUUUUGUUUGUUACAGGCCAAGUCUCUAGUGUACUUAUGCUGAAGCUGAUGGAGUUAUGAGAGGAAUGCAUUUCACAUCAAAUGGUCUGCUUGACCUUAGAUAACUGAAGUUUUACUACUUGCCCUUUUGCAUGUUAUCCCAGUAAGCAGUGCUGCAAAAGUUAGAUCUGGAUCCCAGUUGGCCCAAAGAUGGAAGUGUGUUUGGAUCUAGGGCUGUGGUUCAAACACCUCCUAAAUAAAAAGUAUUUUUGCUGUAGGAUGUUAUCUGGCUGAAGUACUCGUUCACUACUUUACUCUUAAAGAAAAACUUUAUGCAAGACACACAGAUGAGACGGAUGGCUGACAAAGUAUUUGUGAAAGUUGGUUUUAUAUAAGCAACAGAUAUUUAAAGCACUUGUUCAUGAAUAUAGAUGUUUAAUAACAAUAAUAAUUAAAAAAAAAACCCUAACCAAACAAAUGUUGAAAGCUGGAAAACCUGGUAUCUGAGGUUGUGUGUGAACCUCAUUAAUUCACACUGGCUGGGGCUUUUAUGGUAGAUUACUGCAAUUUGUGAAGCACUCGAUAAAUGUGCAAAUACACCUCUAUAUCAAUAUGCUCAUGAUCUUAAUUGCAAUUUAAUAGUCUAAACAUACCAGUAUUAAUAUUCCAGUAUUAGUGUAACAUUUGAAUAAUACUAGGUUACUAUUAACCCCAUAUUCUUAAUUACCAUGUGGAUUGUGAUUAAGUUACUUGCCUAACUAUUACCAUUGGCAUAACGUAUUAAAUUGAAUUUUCUUUACCUUUCUUUAUGGCUAUUGUUGAUUUUGACUAGCAUUCUCUUAGUGAAUAAUCAGAUAAAAACAAUAAAAUUAAUUUUAACGCAUAAAAAGGAUUUGGAAAAAUGUAGCUAAAAUGUACAGUAAUAAACAAAGUGUAGAAGUAAAUAAACUGCCUGUUUCAUGUUAGUAAUAUGUAGUGUCACUACAGCUUUCCACUGCUAAAUCUUAUGGUAGAUAAGGAGAGGAAGAUAACCAGUGUGUUACAGAAGCAUAGCAGGCUUGUUGAUUGGUGAAGCAGGGUACUAUAGUAGUUGGAGGUGAAGGGGGUUAUGCCGUUGCCCUAAAAGUUUCUCUAUGCUUUAUGUAUGUGAAGUAUUUACAUUUGGAUAAACUGAAUAUUUGUGGUAAUAAAAGAAUUUCUAUAGUAACAAUAA